GGGCCGGUGCCCGCCGACGACUGCUCUGUGGCGGUGCGAGAUGGCGGUUCCCGGAGCCCCCGUUACUGUUACCGUCACGUACAGUAAUGAAAAACACAAUAUUCAGGUUGCUUCUCAACAGGAAGAUGGUGAGCCUACGCUGCAAGACAUGGCUGUGCUUAUAGAACAAGUCACUGGUGUUCCAGUUUCUUUUCAGAAACUUAUAUACAAAGGGAAAUCUCUGAAAGAAUUGGAACAGCCAUUGUCAGCACUUGGUGUUAAAAAUGGUUGCAAAGUCAUGUUGAUUGGGAAAAGGAAUAGUCCAGAAGAAGAAGCUGAAUUAAAGAAGUUAAAAGAUCUGGAGAAGUCAGUGGAGCAAAUAGCUAACAAGUUAGAGGAAAUUAAUAAAGAGUUCACAAGUAUCCAGAAGGGAUUUUUAGCAAAGGAUCUCCAAGCAGAAGCUCUAAAACAGCUGGACAAGAGGAUAAAAGGAACUGCAGAGCAGUUCAUGAAGAUCCUGGAACAGGUUGAUGCCAUUAAUCUGCCAGAGAACUUCAAUGACUGCAGACUGAAAAAGAAGGGAUUGGUGAAAAGGGUUCAGGCUUUUCUUGCCCAGUGUGAUACUAUUGAAGGAAAUAUUGGACAAGAAAUGGACAAGCUACAGUCAAAGAACUUGGCACUGGCAGAAUGAGGCAUUACCCUUCAUAAUUAGGAAACAUAAUUGCUCUAUGAGCAAGAAGAAAGUUUGCUCUUUGUUUUGGAGCACAUAUUCAGCUUUUUUGUUUUUUUUUAAAGCCCAGUCUUUUAGACUGGAAGUAGUCAAUUAUUUCUUGCUGGUUGUCUUGUUUGCCACUUGGUUAGGCCUACUGUUUUGAAAAGAAAAUCCUUCCUGAAGAAUUGCAGAAAUAAUCUUUGUGGUGAAUUAUGUAUCUUAUGGACAAUUGUUUAGUUAACUAUGUAACAGAGUUUGCAAUGAUGGGCAAUAUUUUCUGAUAUGUUUUUGAAUUUAUUUACAACUGAAAUGAAAGAAGGUCUAUAACCAUAUAAGUGCCAUAUGUUGCAAUUUUAGGACUUCAACUUGAUUGAAAAAACACUGAGACAAUAUCUGGGAAAGUUCAACAUUAUAGUAGACGGUUCAGAGCAAUAAGAAAAACCCUCCACAUUUAUAUUACUUAAUGUUUGUAUGCAUUUAUAAAUAUAAGGAAGCUUGACUAUAAGGGAGUCGUACCUAUUUUAGCCUUAAAUUGUCAUAAUAAAUGGAAUGUACUGUAACAUAUAUGGUACUGAAUUCUGAAUGGUGCUUUAAGUUGUUAAUGAGCUUGAUACAAGUGUACAUGUUUAUUUACAUGUAAUUCUGAUGUACUGUGUCUUUUAUAGCUUAUUCUGAUUGUUUUUUUUUCUUGAUAGGGAUUGAAAUGAGAUCACAUGCUGCUUAUGCACAAAUGGGGCACUUAAAACAAGGUAUAACUAAGGAGCUGUUUUGAAAGGUUCUUUAUUUUUUUCUGGUUUCACUGAAUUCAUCGCGCUAUAUUUAUUGGAAAGAUUGCAGUGAUUAUUCUGCUAUGGUAACUAGUAAAUUUUUAUAGAAUGUUACAAAGUGGCAUAAAUUUGUUUUAACA